UAUCGGCCGACAGUUAUGGGAAGUGUGUGGAGCAAUAAGAAAAGGGUGAUAGAAGAACUUGUUAAUGGUAAAGACUGUGCUACCCAGCUUCAGAUUCUUUUGCACAAUUCCUCUGAAAAAAGUGGGCGUCUCUCGGCUCAGGAGCUUGUGCAUCAGAUCUUCACAUCUUUUGAUCACUCGAUCUCCUUGCUGACUGGGGCUGAAUCUGUUGAGGUUGCUCAGAAUCAAGCAAUUUCCUACUAUGAUUCCCCUUGUUGUAAGAAGAGACCCGUCUCCACGGAAAAGAGGGGCUGUUAUAAAAGAAGGAAAGCUGAACAGACUCGGACUGUAGUUUCUGCAACUGUUGAAGAUGAUCAUGCGUGGAGGAAAUAUGGACAAAAGCAUAUUUUGAAUUCUGAACACCCAAGGGGCUACUUCAGGUGCACUCGUAAAUACGAUCAAGGUUGUAAGGCCACUAAACAAGUCCAAAGAAUGGACGAUGGUUCCCAAAUGUAUCAGAUCACCUACAUCGGAAACCAUACAUGCAGACCAGACUCAUUCAAGGCUCCCCAAAUCAUCAGUGAUUCCGAAUCCUGGCAGUCUCACAAGAUGGUCACUUUUGUCAACUCCGACAUCCCAUCCAGCACUACAACGACGAAGCAGGAAGUCAAGGAAGAGACGACGACGACGACGAGUGGUCUCACGGACUUGGGUUCUGUUAUCAUGUGGAAGGAUAUAAUCGGUGCCGAUUAUGGGGAUGUGGUGUCUAAUGUGUAUUCAAGCUAUGAAAUCACUUCCCAGAACUUGGAAUUGGACCUUGUAAUGAAGCCUGUUGAGUUUGAAGACAAUUUUGAGUUGGAUGAAAGUGAGCCGCUCUAGUCUAGGUGUAGCUGCUUGUAAAGCUUAGUAUUAACUUUAGCUGUAACAGUUGUAAUCAGCAAUAUGGAACAAUAAGAACCAUUGAGGUUUUCUCUGGGUGUGGAAAUGUAUUUUCCUUUGGAAUAAUAGUAACCAUCAUAAUCAGUA